AUGGAGAAGCUUAUUGCUGCGCUAGCAGAGAAGUUGCCGGCGAAUGCGGGUCGCACCACCGUGGAGUUGGCUUUCCGCGCAGCUGUGGAUGCAUUGCCGAAGUCGAAGCUUCGAAAUAGCGCGCUAUUGAAGCAGGACCGUUUGAUUGCUCGUUUGGUGGCCCUGGUUCGAAAGAAAAAAACCGAAGAAAUUCCAGGAGAGGCUGAGCCUGAGGUCGAGGACCAGGAACCAGGCCUCCACAGUUGCUACGAAGGCGUUGACACGGAUAAGCCGGGAGAUUGCUUGCAGCACUGCAAGAGUCUUCUGCAAGAUGCCUUGGUCAGCCUGGAUCCCGCCGCUCGGGCGGAAGAGGCCCUGAGAGACUUCGUCGCCCUGUUCCCUCCGGAAGCAGACUGGAGGCUGGAGAUCGGUGACCUCCAGACGCUGGCUGAAAUCUUGGCUCUGGCAGCGACAGUUGGGCUGGAGGAUACAAUCGCAUGGACACGUUUUCUGGGUUUGUCGAUCUCCGCAGUCCUGCGUGUAGAGGAACAAGCACCAGAACGUGACAGCGGCCAGACGGAUGAGGCGCUCCAACGCCUGAGCUGCACAGUAAAGCUGCUGGUGCAGCAGCCUUCGGUGGCUCGUGCGGCAGUGCGGAUCGCCAUGGCUGGCGGCUCGGUCGACGACGCAGUGACACUGCAGCGGCUGGUACCCAUCCUGUUACCUUUGCUGCGCAGUGGUUUCUUGAGAGGCAGUGGCGCCGCGCACCGCGGAGAUCUCUUGGCAUUGCUGAGCGGUCUUCGUGUUCUGCAACUGGCCACCAGGUCUGGUCUGGCGAGUGAGAAGCUUUCGGAGGUUCGCACGAUUCUGACCACCGCCUUAAGCCGGGACUAUGAUGCAACUCCUCUGGUACCGGAGCUGACGCGGAUCGCCGAGGAGCAUGUGAGACACUUGAAACGUGGCAAAACGCUGUUGAAGAACUUGCAGGCAGCUGAAGCAAAGACUUCAUCCGCGGCCGCCACAGCAGCCAUCAUCGAGGCCACAGCGAAAGAGCUCCAACACUCGGAACUCGCCAGGCUUGUGGGCUUCUCUGGCCUUCCAGUUGGUGAUGAUGAACAAAUCGACGCCAAAGCUGCCUCGGCGCGUGCCAGGGGCGACCUGUUUUUCGAAGAUACCGCCUGUGGCCCCAGGCUGGCGAAGGCCCGGCUGAGAGUCAAGUCGGCUGUUCGAAGAAGCGCCGAAAAUCAGUGGCGUGAUGCGGAAAACGAUGUGCAAAUCAUGACAUACUCUUGGUUUGGCUGCAUUUGGAACGUCCCGCCCAUGCUGAGUCCUCGCUCUGCUCGAGGGCGAGGGGGCCAGGCCCAGCAGGGCGGCUGGUCCCAGCGCAACCUCGGUGCGGGCCGCUCUAGGGCCAACAAGGCGGAGUGGAAGGACAAGUUGAAGAUCGAGGUUACAAAGGUCCGAGAAAUGCCCGAGAGUGACCCGAAGUCGCCCAAAGGCAAAGCUCCUGCCCAGGUUUGGGGCACGACAAUUCCACCACAACCUCUGCGCCGAGGUGACACGCUGACACCAAGCUCGAUGCAGGCCCGGAUCGAGCAGAAGCUGACCAUGGUGUUGGGACAAGGUUACUUGGUGGCAGCCAAGCGCUUCACGGCGCCCGGAGCGGACACGCACGCUGCCCGCUUCUGCCUUUCCCUCGGCCUUUCAAAGCCCGGGGAGGAAUUGCUCCGGGAACUCUUGGGCAAUACCUUCAACUGCCACGUGGAACAGCGCGUGGUGCGCAAUGAUGCGCAAUGCAACAUGUCUCAACGUUCCAAGGAGGCAGCUGGUGUGAAGUUCAGAUACGAUUUCCUUUCGUGUGGGAAGAAGUUUGGCAUCAUGGGGGUGACCCACUCGAUGGAGGAGGGCCAGGUGAAACGCAUCAGCAAAGCUCUGAAUGGAAGCGCAAAGGCGAUCCAGGGCAUCAACACGAAAUUUGACCUCAUUGACGAACAUGUGCAGAAGAUGAUGGAAUUCAACCGGGCAACCAACAGCAAGGUGAACAACGUGCUGUCUUCAUUUGAGCGUUUGGACGACACGUUCAAUGACCGGGCGGAGAUGUUGCUGGAGUCUUUGGUAGGUGCAACAAACACGUUGACCGAGGUCCUAGAGGCGGCCGCGGUGUCGCUGGACAAGGUCAAUAUCCGACAAGAGCUUGACAACAUCCCGAAGGCCAUGAUCACCCUGGCCAUCCCCUUUGUGAUCCUGGUGAUCGAGCUGGCGGUGUCCAACGCCUACUUGGGGAUCCUGUUGGCUUCUCUGCCCAGCGUCUCCUUGAAGUACUCGAAUUAUUUGAUCGCCUAUGCGAGCGCAACCCUCAUGGGUCUUUUCCUGAGCUUGAUGUGGCUGGUGUGUUACCGUGUUUGGCUCUCAACCUCGUGUCAGGGGAGAAUUGCGAAGAAGGAAGACAAAACGGAAGAGACCCUUCAGAGAUUAAGUCGCCUGCGGACGCGAAGUCAAAACUUUGGUGACACCCUUGGGUCAGACUCCCCACAGGAAGCGCCUGAAGCCAAAGAAGCGCAGGCGUCAAGUGACAUGGAUGGCUCCAUGGACACGUCACGAACGAAAGCUCCAACGAUCGCAGAUCCUGCCAUUUCCUGGGCCAAACAGCGUCGACUCGAGAGGAAACUUCAACGAGGCAUUUCGCAGGGCGACGAGACUUUGAGCCUCAGUGAAAGCUCACAGCCGGCGACUCCGUUGACGUCUCCAGUGCAUUCGAACGCCGCGAUGCCUUUGAAUCUGCCACCGCUGGGAUCGGUGUUUGAGUCGACGUACCCGACCUCGAAGGAUGCGAGUGACGACAGAAGCGUUCGCAGAUCAGGAAUCUAUGGAUCCGAGGAUGCGAUUCAACGCGCCGAACGGCUGGCGGCCGAAGCGGCGAGCUUCGAGAUGGCCGAUCCCCAGGAUCCAGCGCGGCUGCCGGAGCUGGCGGAGCUGGCCGAGCCGGUGCCCGAUGAAAUUCCGCGCGGACUUCAGGUGGCAAUCGGAAGUUUUUUUUUUGAGGCAGAGAGAUCCGGAUCCGGACGCCGCGCGGGGCGUUCAACGGAUUUUUACGGACCCGGUAAAAAGUCCAUGGUCCAGAUGCAGUGGAACUCCUGGCAGAAUCCCUUGAAGAUGGACAUGACCUGGGGAGGUCGAAAAGCCGACACUUCCAGAAGUUCAACAUCUGCGACUGGAGUCACUACUCUUGAACCAAAGCCAAGUGGUGUGCGCGAAGGCCACGAAGGCCACGAAGGAGCUGGUGAGAGAAACGCAAAUACGAUAUGA